AUGUGGGGCCGCAGCUGUGGCGUUCGAGCCUUCCGUGUCGCGGUCCGGAGGGCAAGCUGGGCCAGCUGCAGCCGCUCCGCCAGCCUGGCUGGGGUGCUGUCGAGGCAACGCCUCCCCGCGUUCGCGUGCCAGCGAGGCCGCGCCUUUGCCGCCGAGACCAAGAAGCGGCGGCCCCUUCGACCGAAGGAGGAGCUCCUGAGAGACGCGACGCACCACGAUGUGCCGGUGCGCCGCAAGGCAGUGAAGGACCUUGGCAGAUACCCCGGUGACCCUGAGGCCAUCGCGGCCUUGGCCAAGGCCCUGGGAGACGAAGAUGUUGCUGUGCAGCUCGCUGCGCAGGGCGCCAUGUCCAAAGUUGCCGACAUCGGCGACCCGCGCACUGUCCAGGCGACGUUGGAGCGCGUGUCCAGUACCUGUGAGUGGACGAGGAUUGCAGCAUUGAGCACUCUGGCAGACAUCACAGGCAAGUUCGGACACGCCACACGAGGGACGGCACUGGACCUGCAGGUGGAGGAGGCUGUGAAGUCCCGGCUAACAGACGAGGCCAAAGCGGCCCCGGGGAGGGGAGAGGCUCUGCUCGCUCACGCCCGGACUUCCAUCGCUUCGGGUGUGCUUGUUGCGUCCCUCGCGUCCCUCGUCGCGCGGACGGGUCCGAGAUGGCUGAGGAGGCGUGGAUCCCGGAUCGGCCUCCGCGCGGGUGCGGUCACAGACACACUGAACGUCACAGAGGUCUACAGGCUCCUGAAGCAGGCUCCGACGACGCGGCAUGCGCUUCAGCUGGCAUCGCGCCUGCGUAAAGCUGCCAGGGACGGGAAGCGCACCAAGGAAGGGCGCAUGCUCGACCCCGGCAUCGUUGAUGAAGCCUUGGAUGUGCUUUUGGAGAACAACGCGAGGCUCCGAAUCCCGGUGAAGAAGGUGCAGAGCAUCUACGACGAGGACGAGGACGAGGAGGAGCUGUCGAACCCCUUCGCGCGGCGCAAGCAGGAUGCGCCUUGGGCGGAGGAGGCCUUCCCCGAAGCGGCGGAGGCCGCAGAAGCAGGCGAUCCGACCUUGCUGGCUCAGGCGGCGGCCGCCGAGGAGGCCGAGGACCGGGCCGAGGAAUUCGGUCGCGAGGUCGGUCCAAGAAGCUUCGCGGAGCUUCCGGCGGAGGAGACGGCGGAGGAGCUUCCGCCCAAGGAGCCGAAGGAGCCGAAGGCACCGCCCCGUUGGAAGUCGGGGUCUUCCCCUGAGACAGAGAACGAAGAAGACGAUGGCGAUGUGCCCUACGAGCUUUGGGAACAGGUGAUUUCCAAGAAGUUCAACGUCGUUGACAGGGUUUGGAAAGCCCCAACUUCGACGGACCUCCCCAGGGUGCCCAAGCUGAGCGAAGAUGCGAUGGUUCCUGAGAAUGCCUGGCUGAGAAUGCCCCACAUUGCCGUGAACGGCAUGACGAACUGCGGGAAGUCCUCCUUGAUCAACCACGUUGUGAGAUGGAACUAUGCCGCCAAAGCAUCCUCGAGGGCAGGGCGCACAACGAGCAUCGAUUUCUAUGUCGUGAACAACCGCUUCGUCCUGGUCGAUUUGCCGGGGUAUCCUGAUCCCGAGGAGAUGGCCCACCAGGGCGUACUAAAGCGAUGGGAGGCGGUCUGGGAGGACCUCGUGCUGCGAUAUCUUCAGAUGUGCGAGGAGGGUGUCUACGAUUUGCGCCUUAUGAUGCACCUGCAGCAGAGCCACAAGAAGCCGUCCCGGGCUUGUAGGCGCUUCGUGCAAGAGCUACAGGAACGGAAGCUUCCCAUGCUCUUAAUCAUGACGAAGGACGAUCAUCUCGUGAAGCCCCAGGAGCAGCGGAACCCUUAUGCUACCCAGAUGAAAAAGACCUUGCGGCUGGAGGGACCCCACAUCCACUACACCUCCAAGAAGAGCUUAUCAAUGGCCCGGAAUUGCAAAAACCACGUGCAGAAGUGGAUUCGGAGGGCAGUGACGGCAGAGAGCGCAGAGGACGUCAAGGCGCUCCUGAAGGAGAGGUGGGAGAACCGGACAAUCUCUGCCCCUAAGAAGACCGCAGAAGAGAAGCAAGCAAAGAUAGACUUCUGGAAAGCCCGGUACAAGAAGAUGAGGAAGGGGAAGAAGGCGAAGCGCCGAGCAGAGAGGGCUACCCUCGCGGCCCUGGCGCGCGCCGCCAAGGGGGCCCCGGGCUCUGCUGAUCUCGACGAGGCCCAAGACUUCGAAGACUCGGACUUCGACGAGGAGCCCGCCGACAUGGACUUCGCCUAG